AUGUUUGCCCUCUCCGAGGAGUCGAAGGAGCGCAUUGGGAGGAUCAUCGAGAUCUCACGGGUUGCGAUCCACUAUGGCUACCUGCCCUUGAUCCUCUAUCUUGGCUACACCCGCAGCGAGCCCCGGCCAUCUAUCAUCCGCCUCCUCUCCCCGCUCUCUUAA